CAAUUCACUUCCAACAAUAACAUCAAUGGAUCUAAGCAAAAAAGCUCUACCAAAGAUACAUCAUUCGUUUCCAAUAACAGGGUUGAGGUAGCUCCAGUGGUGGGAUGGCCGCCGGUAAGAUCAUCCCGGCGAAACCUAACGGCGCAGCUAAAGGAGGAGAUGAAGAAGAGAGAGAGUGAUGAAGAGAAAGAGUUGUACGUUAAGAUCAACAUGGAAGGAGUUCCCAUAGGAAGAAAAGUCAACCUUUCAGCUUAUAACAACUACCAACAGCUUUCACAUGCCGUUGACCAACUCUUUUCUAAGAAAGAUUCGUGGGAUCUAAACAGACAAUACACUUUGGUCUACGAAGACACUGAAGGAGAUAAAGUUCUGGUCGGAGAUGUUCCUUGGGAGAUGUUUGUAUCGACCGUGAAGAGGUUGCACGUUUUAAAAACCUCCAACGCCUCCUCGCUCUCACCUAGAAAACAUGGCAAGGAAUAGAGUGAGGUUCGCAAAAAAUCAUCAGUUCGAUGAUAUGUUUUUAAUGUAAUUUUUGUGGAAAUUAAUGGGGUUUGGCUUGAUUUACUGGCUUUCUUUUUUACUUAGAUGUUCUUUUCCAACUUAUGUUCUAGGUUUUUGCUUGCUGUGGUUUUUUUCUUCUGUAAAUACAUGUUCGUUUAAGUAAUUCGGGGUUAUUAUGUUAUCAUGUGUAUAAAAAUAGUCUGUAUAACCAAGUGUCGUUAGCUCAACUGGUGAAGAUCCUAAGCGAAGCUUACAGGUCGCCGGUUCGACUGACGCUUGGAACGAAACUAAUAUUACAUGCUGUAAUAUUACAGGUUUUGGUCUA